GGCAAGCGCCCAAGUUCAGGGAGCGAAAGCGCAACGCAGCGCCCGCCCCGCUUUUCCAGCUUUCGUCUCCCGCUAUCUCCGCGCUCCAGCUGCCGCUCCAGCCUCUUUCCCUGAGGCGAGUGUCCGAAGUCAAGGGUGGGGAACUGCCUGCUGCUGCUGCUGCCGCCGCCGCCGCUGUUGCAUCUGUAGUGCGAAAGGGAACCACAUGGCUACCGCCACCGUCUCGCUGAGAAGAGCCGCUCGGGAGCUUUUGACCACCCUGGUGGUGUCUCGAAGCAGCCGUCGGGGCGCCCAGCGACUCAGUGCUCUACCAUUUGAUAUGCCCCCUGCCACACCUGUAAUCAAAAAAAGCUAUCUGAAUGGGCCUUCAGAUAUUCCACUUAUUUCCAAAACUGUGGAUCAGUGCCUAGAGGAAACCACCGACCGAUAUCCAGAAAGAGAAGCCUUGGUAUUCUUAACUGAAGGGAUCCGAAAAACGUUUUCUCAAUUUAAGCAAGAUGUAGAGCAAGCUGCCACUGGGCUUCUGGCCCUUGGAUUGAAAAAGGGUGACCGGUUAGGAAUGUGGGGUCCUAAUAAUUACGAAUGGGUCCUAAUGCAAUUCGCUACAGCCCAGGCAGGGAUCAUUCUGGUAUCUGUGAACCCAGCCUAUCAGUCCCAUGAGAUGGAGUUCGUCCUGAAGAAGGUUGGCUGCAAAGCACUUGUGUUCCCUGCCCAGUUUAAAACUCAGAAAUACUAUGAGAUCUUGAAAAAUGUAUGCCCAGAAUUGGAACAUUCUAAUCCAGGAGCACUGAAGAACAAGAAAUUACCAGAGCUUUCUGUUAUAAUCUGCGUGGACAGCAAGCUACCUGGCACAUUCUCAAUGCAGGAAGUGAUGCAAGCUGGAGAGAGCAGCCACAAGAAGGAGCUACAGGAGAUUCGGAAGAUGCUGAUCAACAAAGAACCUAUUAAUAUUCAAUUUACUUCAGGAACAACAGGAAGUCCAAAAGGAGCAACACUUUCUCACUUUAAUAUUUUAAAUAAUGCAAGUUUUAUUGGUAUAAGAAUGGGACUACAUGAGUUGGAAACUCGUUGCUGUAUCCCCGUCCCUCUCUACCACUGCCUAGGAUCUGUAGGAGGCUGUAUGGUGAUGGCUGUUCAUGGUGUCUCCCUUAUUUUCCCAUGUCUCAGCUUUAAUUCCAGAGCCAGUCUGAAAGCUAUAGAACAUGAAAAAUGCACCCAUGUGCUUGGCACUCCAACAAUGUACAUAGAUAUGUUAGGACAGCCUGACUUUGCCAGCUAUGAUCUCUCAAGUCUUCGAGGAGGGGCUAUUGGGGGUUCAACUGUGCCUCCUGAAAUCAUGAAGAAGAUUAUCCAGAAAAUGAAUAUACAAGAUAUAGUAGGUGUGUAUGGAACAACAGAGAACAGCCCAGCCACUUUCAUGGGCUUCCCUCAAGACACCUUUGCACAGAAAACAGAGACCGUAGGAUAUAUUUUACCACACACAGAGGCAAAAAUUGAGGAUCCUAAUACAGGGCAAAUCGUCCCAUUAAACAGCGCAGGAGAACUUCAGAUUCGGGGCUACUGUGUCAUGCUGGGGUAUUGGGCAGACACCAACAAAACCAAGGAAGUGUUGAAUGAUGAGCAGUGGUACAAGACUGGGGACAUUGCUAUCCUCGAUGAGUAUGGCUACUGCAAGAUUGUAGGUCGCUGCAAAGACAUGAUCAUUCGAGGAGGGGAGAACAUAUAUCCAGCAGAGCUUGAACAAUUUCUACACACGCAUCCUAAAAUUCAAGAAGUACAGGUAGUUGGUGUAAAAGAUGAGCGAUUUGGAGAAGAGAUCUGUGCUUCCAUCAGAGUGAAAGCUGGAGAGGAAUGCACGGCAGACGAAAUCAAGGCAUUUUGCAAAGGAAAGAUUGCUCAUUUCAAGAUUCCUCGAUACGUAGUAUUUGUGAAGGAUUACCCACUCACUGUCUCAGGCAAGAUUCAAAAAUACAAACUGAGAGAGCAGAUGGAGAAACAUCUUCAACUUCAAUAGGAGGAGGCAGCGUAAGAGACUCCAAACAAACAUGUUGUCUGCUACCUUUUUUUAGUUCCAAACAUUUAAGAAGCUGGAAAGGAUCACUGGCCUGUCUUAAGAAACAUUAAGUCUGCUGAUUACCAAAUCAGGUUUGCUUAAAAUAGUAUGCUUUUUCUAAAAUAAAAAAAAUAGAAAAAUA